AUGAAAGGAUGGAACUAUCAACACAAAGAACUUGGUUCAUUUUAUCAUCACAAAGAUGAAAUAACCAUAUAUCAAGGAUGUCUGAUGUGGGGGCUGAGAGUCAUUAUUCCAAACAAACUUCACAACUAUGUGUUAGAAGAACUGCACAGUGGUCAUCAAGGUAUUGUAAAAAUGAAAGCACUCGCUCGAAGCUACGUUUGGUGGCCAGGUAUCGACAAGGACAUUGAACAAAUCACAAAAAAAUGCCCUGGCUGCCAGCAGAAUCAACCAAUGCCUAAAGUUGCACCACUACAUCCUUGGGAAUGGCCUACAUCACCAUGGCAACGUAUCCAUGUUGACUAUGCAGGUCCGUUUCAAGGUCAAAUGUUCUUG